GUCGUCAUAUCUUUCCGGGAAGCUCACGACACCUGCGCCUUAUUGAAUCCGAUAGCCGCCACCAUGGUUUUAGAAAUACCCCGAAGAAGGCUCGCUCGAGCGAUAAACUCAAAAUAUAUAUACGGGACGGUACCGGUGGUAAACACUGUCAUCUUCCUCUUAGAAAUAGCCAUCAUGUCGAGGCUAGCUGCUAAGUUCAACACCUACUAUGCGGACAGGCCAAUCCUCACGAUGAUGAUUACGAACGCAGUGCUUGGAGGAAUAGCAGAUACGGUGGCACAGUCUAUAACAUCGAUAAAAUUAGCAGCGGCGCGGAAGCCAGGAGGGAUUAAGGAUGAUGACACAAUGGCGAUUGAAAUUCGGGAGCUGGAUAGAAAGAAUCCUCUGAACGAGAACGAGCUGAUCCCGGAUUCGAAAUACCUACCACCGCCGUUCGAAUUUGAGAGAUUAACGAGGUUUAUGGCGUAUGGUUUCAUGAUGGCGCCUGUGCAAUUCAAGUGGUUCCAGUUCCUGUCCAAAGCGUUCCCGAUUACGAAGAGCAGUGGACUGGGACCUGCGAUGAAGAUGGUGGCUUUUGACCAACUUAUCUUUGCGCCAGUUGGGAUCGCCUGUUUCUUCACGGUUAUGACAGUUGCUGAAGGAGGUGGCAGAAGAGCAGUUACCCACAAGCUCCGUGAUAUGUAUCUGCCAACUCUCAAGGCGAAUUUCAUGGUUUGGCCUUUGGUUCAAAUCAUCAAUUUCCGAUUGAUGCCAAUACAAUUCCAACUACCUUUCGUGUCAACAAUUGGUAUUGCAUGGACAGCAUAUCUCUCCUUAUCCAAUGCUGCUGAAGAAGCAGAUGCUAAGUCCGCUCCCUCAUCACCUAACAUUCGCCUGUUGUAA